AGCCUCCCUGGGAUGCACCGUACGUAUAUUUUACACUUUACACAUAUGUCUGUGUACGUAAAACGAUAAAAUGACAGCAAUGAUAAGUUGAGCGAGAGUGCAGCUUGUAAUCGGAUAUCGGUGAAAAUAUUUAGAUCACGAGUAUCAAUAUUUUCACGCAUAAGGUUAACUUCAGUUUUAAGUUCGAAGAUUUUGACAAGCUUAUUGAAUAGAAGAGGCAUUAGAAGAAGAAAGAAAACCCUAUCAGGAUAGAAUUUCAAAUGCAAUGAAAAUAAACGAGAAAAAUAUGGUAGCUUUCGCAACGUCGGCUACGCCGGUGGACCGGGAAGGUUGGUUAAACAAACGCGGUGAAUUGAACCGUGGCUAUCAGAGACGAUGGUUCGUUCUCAAGGGAAAUAUAUUAUUUUACUUUGAUCGACGCGGUGACAAAGAGCCGGUUGGUAUGAUAGUUCUGGAAGGUUGUACCAUCGAAUUGGCAGAAGACGAGGAACAAUUUGGCUUCCAAAUAGUCUUUCAUGGCCCAAAUAAUAGAAACUACGCCCUUGCUGCCGAAUCUCAAGAAUCUAUGGAACAAUGGAUGAAAGCUUUAGCAUGUGCGAGCUACGAAUAUAUGAAAUUAAUGGUAGCAGAACUGCAAAGACAACUGGAUGCUGCGGAAGAAGAAACCACUAUGGUCGUAGCUCCUUCUCCGUCACCUAAAGCUCCUCCACGGCAACGUCAUAACCCCUUUAAUCGACCCGAAUCUCAUCAUCGGUCCCAGAGCGUGAGAUCUGCUCGUGGGAGAACAGAAAAUGUUCCAAGAACAAGGAUCACGUUUCGCGAAUUACAUACAAUGUACGGUAGAAGAAUUUUGGCCGAUUUGAAUGAGUGGAGGCAUGCGAGCAAAAACGCUGAGGCUCCUUUGAUCAGUCUAUAGUAAGUAACAACACUCACAGUGGCAUGUAAAUUGUACAUAUUUUGACGAAGAAUACGAUAUUGUACUUACGAAACGUUACCAGAAUUUCGCAUUUAUUUUUCUAUAAUAUGAAAAUUUGUAGUGAAAACGGUAACGGAAUAACUCGACGGAUUGUUAUUAAAACAUCACAAAUAAUUACGAUUCAUUGUAUAUAAUAAUAAUUUAAUGUUUUCACUUAUUAAAAUAGAUCCAACUGAAUCUAUCAGCCCUGUCUUCGAAUAUUAAAUAGUAGACGUAUAGUAAUAUGUAUAUUGUAUGUACAAGUGCGUAAACAAGACAUUUUCAAGCAUUCUAUCUGUAAUAUGAUUACGGUGUAAUCGAUUUAUCAAAACGGAAUUUGAUACAAAGCGAAACCGAUGAUAUUUUUUAUGGUCGAGGUUCGAUUUUAUUAUUGUACAGAGUAAAUAAAAUAAAUAGAAAAGUUUGCGAGCA